GCCGACCGACCGACCGACCACACCGGGAGUGAGCUCACUUCAGCGGCUCACACGGGACCUAACAGCCGCUCCUGAGUGGAUAUUCCGGGGAUAGAGAGGAAAAGGAGUUCCCGCCGCUCCAGGACACCGGUCUGUGAGAAGUUUGGACCCCGCUAAGCUAACCUGGGAGAGCGGAACAAUGAGGGAGAACCAGCCGGGCUGCCGGACCUCCUCUGCCGGCUGCUGCUGCUUCAGCUAACGGCUAACUGUGAACCACAGGGCGGUCAACACGAGCGAAGUCUGCCGGAGGAGGAGAAAGUUUCCCGCCCCUCCGCCUCGGGACUUUAACUCACUCUGAAAGGAUUAACGUCCACUUCUGGAGGAUUUAUUUGGACCAGAACAAGUUUUUAUCCCGUCCGGAUAUGGAGACGGACUCAGCAGCGGGCGACGUGGAGUCUCUCCACGGCGGACUGAGCCUCCUGGACCCCCUGGUGGACCGGAUCCUGGUGGACACCGUGUCUCAGCAGCAGGGAUGGCUCCGAGUUUACGGUAAGAAUAACGGUCAGAAAGAGGGGACAAAUGACCCCACAGGACCACGCGGGGGUCCGCGGGGCUGUCUGCGGGGGUUGGCUGGAGGGUGUUACCGGGUGGAGAGACAGGUAACACCGGGCAGGGGACGAGGUCAUGGCGGAUACCGGCCGGCUGUGAGGGGGGUCAUUAUUUCAAGAUGUGGUCCCUGUUUUUCUUCAACCCCGUUAUAGACAAUAAGGAAACUCUCUGAAUAUGACCAACAAAUGUGUUUACAAAGAAAGUGAUAUUUUUAUAUCGGUCAGGUGUCCCUACCGAGUCCGAUUCCUCGUUUUGAUUCCGAUUCUUAACGAUUCUCUAUUCCGAUUCUUUUAAAAGGCAGGAUAUAAGAAAAACUGCAUUGUUUAAACGAGGGUGCUAACCAGAGUUCUUCUUUUUGAUGGAAUUUCUGAACUUCUCCAUGAAUUUUUAAAUUAUAUUAACUUUUUAAGAACUUUACUACGAAUUUCUCACAUUUUCAACCAGUAUAUAAGUAUCAGUUUUUGUUGUCAGGUUGUUUGUCUGUGAAAAAGUACGAAGGCUAACAUUAGUUGGAUAUUUAAGUUGACCCACAGUACACAGUACAGUUUGUUUGACGCUUUAAUGUUCGCAGAAGACAGAUGUAAUUUAUCGUUUGACUUCUCUGAUUCUAGCUGGUUUUUGGUAGACCGGCGAAGCGCGUUUAAGACAGGCACUCGGGGAUUUCUCCUUCAUGAAUCCUGAGGUGUUUAAUCGUCUUCCUCGUUGGUGUUCGGCGGCUAUUUCUUCUGGUUGGUGGACUCCGGCAUCGGAACUUGGAAUCGAAACUUUUUAAUUUUAAGGAUUCCGGGAGAAUCGGAAUGUUAGCAUCGGUUUCCAUCGAUGCUCGAGGCUCAAUGCCCAACCCUAGGUGUCCCCCACACUAUUUCAAUAAUUUCAAAUACAAAAAUGACACAAAAGCAGCUUACAUGUUUGCUGCCCUAAAGCCUUAAAUGUACCUCUGUGUAAAAGCACAUAACUGUACUGGACUCUCUUUUACCUCCAUAUAUCAUUAUGCAACCAUACAAACAACAACAGAUAUAAGUUUCAGUUAAACAGAGUUUAACCCUCUGGUAUCACUUUAAUCUUGUUUACACUUGAACUGUUUAGUGCCUAACAUGUUCAUUAAAAAAAAAUUCAGCUAUAAAAAUAUACAUAAAUAUUAUUGGACUAUUUUGGGACUCAUUCUGCCCUGAAUGAAAUCGACCCUGAAAAGCAGGGAUCAGUAAAGUUUAUGACACCUCUCCAAAGAAGUACUUAAUAAAACAAAUACAGCUCAGAUCCUCCACUGUGUGUGUGUGUGUUUUACGGUCAGAGAGGGGACCAUAGUGGGCCUCUGAAACACACACACACACACACACACACCCUCAGGAUACAGACCUUUUAACACAACAACACUAUCACUAAAAUUAAUAACACCAUCACUGUCGUCUGAAAUAAUAUAGCCAAGAACAAAACGUGACAAAUAGAAGUAGUUUUCUUUUAUUUUUAACUGUGUAAUGUCCAAAGGGAGGAACAAAAGUACCAUCAGGGGACCGUAUAAAAAUAAUACAAAAUAACAGAAAUUAGACAUUCAUGGACAAAAAAACUCCUAAAAAAAUAAAAAUAUAUCCUAUAUACUACCGGACUUAUGAUACUCGGACAAAAGCAACAUCAUGAAAAUCCCCUAAAAACAGGUUUGGUCACCCGGUGAUAGUCUUCUAGGGUUAACACCACGCCAUGUCUCGCUCUGUGCCAACCGUCGGGCCAGUCUUGGUGCUUGACCCACUUCCACAGUUAUUAUUUAUUGACUUUAUUAUUUAUUCAUGAUUGUUUUUACUCAAACUCGCUCCUGCUGGUGUCUUUUAAACUCGGGGUGCACGAUAUUAUCAGCGUGAUAUAGACAUAAGCUGAGAGAGCUCAUGAUGAUGUCUGUGUGUGUGAAGAAGUAGUGCAGGUGUGUUUGUCCUGUAAGGUGAUGCAGUCAUUAUAAAUGUAGUAGGUGAGUUUACAGCAUCACUGAACCGUCUGUGUCUUCUAUGAUCUGUCACAGUCUGCUGUUUUCAUGCUGAAGGGGCUGAUGGGACUUUAUGGCGUCAUGACUCACAGGAUAGUCUGAGUACCUGACUUCACUGCAGGAGGCCGGGUUAGGGUUCGAGCAACAUGGCAGCAUGUGUAGAGAGAGAUGCUGUGGCUGUGACUGAACACUGAAGUGAGUUUCUAAUAAACGACAGAUGAGGUCCAGCUGAUUCAGGGGACAACCGUCUUUUCAACUUAGGAGCACACAGAGGACUUUAGGGACACAAUGAAAAUGGAUCCAAUAAUGUUUGUCUUAUUGAUCGACCUUAGUCCUACAGAUCAUCAGUUUUAUUCUCAUCAGUGUCUGUAUGAGUCAUCUUUAUCGGAUCAGAACCCGCCUCAUGACCACCUCCGUAUGUAGACCACAAUCUGUUAGAAACACGGACGUUAUCUCGGUGAUGUCACCCGUUUUUGUCCAAAGGUGGUUGCCACAUUGAAAUGCUGACUCAACCUAACCUUUGGUCGAGCCUCCUCCUGAUUGGCCGAUCUGCUAACCCCCUAAUAUCUGAAAGAAAGAGCUGAGCUGAUCAGACCCAAAGUGUUUUUUGUUCAAAAUUUGAAACAGUUUUAGUGUCGCUGUAAAAAGGAGCUUUUUUGAAUGAGUGUGUAUGUGGCUGCUGGCACUCCUGCUGACAGCGUCUAGUGGACACUUGAGGAACUGCAGUUUGAAGCACUUCUGCAUCGUUUCGCAGGAUUACCCCCAAUUUUCACCACAUCCUGAAUGACGGCUAUUUUCGCCAAUUCCUACUGGAUCCGUUUGUGAGGCGAAUUUCAUGGUCGAUUACAGACAUUAGAAAUCGUGAGAACUCACAGGAACCCGUGGAUUUACAUUCAAUCACGCGAUAACGAGUUGUCUCUCUAAAGACAGACACAUAGACAUAUAAGCAGUAGAUUGUGUCCUUCCAGAGGAGGAAAUCAAUUUGUAGACUUCUAGAAUCAGCAUCUCCUCAUCCAUGGUGUCAGGAAAUGACAAAUAUACAAACAUGUGCACUUCAGUCAGAAAUAAGAUAAGAAUAAAAUCUGAUAAUCAGACAGACUUGUUUUCUUGUUGUUUGUCGGAGCCGUUCAGAUUAAAGUUAUCAGCUACAUGUGAAAGUGACGGGAGGGUAAAGUUCAGAGGUCAUCAGAAAGAGGAAUCUAACCAUGCUUGAGUUCAGUGGAGGAAGUUUCCAUGUUACCUCGUCAUGAUUCAUGGAUGUAUUUCCUGACCUGUCAGACAGAAAACUGGGAGAACUGACUCUGAGUUUGUGUCUUUGACCUCUACAGUCAGUCAGUCUGGAGUCUGAGUCUCUUCAGGGUUUUACUUCCUGUAUUCCUCAAAUAAAAGUUCCUCUAAGCUCAGUAAACUCUGUUCCGUGACGGUGAGUCGGCCUGCUGACGGGCUCCCCGUGUUUUUUCCCUGUUUGUCGCUCUCAGAGGAAGUGAAUGAGUGAGUCAGAGCUGCUGUCUGCAGUGAUGUCAAGAGUCCACACCCCGACAACAUCACCGAGGACUUAUGUGACCCAGGAACCAGAGAGGGACUACGUCAGGAUGAUGAGUCCACCCAGAGUAUUUACGAGAUAUAAACCCCGCCCACAAACAGACGCUCCUGCUCGCUCGUAUCGUUCCAAUUAAAUUCAGAUAUAAUGCAGAUAAAUACUUCAGAUCAUUACAAAUGGGGCCCAGUCAAGGUGAAAGUCAAAAGCAUUGGUGCUACUGUAGAUGCCAACAGACUACCAGCAAACACAAUGUUUGCAGGACUUCUACAACGAGGAUAAAGUGACAUAGUCCAGGACCCGAGGGAGGACAGUUUAGUGGCGCUACAACACGCUACAGCAGGUCCGUUUGACAAGAAACACUUCUGUUACAGACACUUGUCUUACUUUGUUAAAGCGGUUUACCUGUCCAGCAGAAAGGUUACAGGGUCACCAAGAUCCCCAAGCGUCCCCCAUGGUUUAUGUUGACCCGGCUUUUUAGCUCUUGUCCGGUCUACCUCCGUUUUAAGCGCCCGUUAUUCCUCCAGAGUCUCCGGUAUUUACUUUGUUUUCUUGCUUGUGUCGGCAGUCGUGGCCAAAGGAGGAUUCGGACAAUUUUCCGAACUUUCUGGUUGGUUUCUACUGUCCGAUAUUGUAGCACGCUAACUUUGUUUGGGCUCCUGAACGACACGGGGGAGCAGCAUUUUCUUGUUGACUGUUUUCUUGUUGACUGUUUUCUUGCUGACUGUUUAUGGUCGACUGUUUUCUUGCUGACUGUUUUCUUGUUGACUGUUUAUGGUUGACUGUUUUCUUGCUGACUGUUUAUGGUUGACUGUUUUGAUGUUGACUGUUUUCUUGCUGACUGUUUUCUUGUUGACUGUUUAUGGUUGACUGUUUUGGUGUUGACUGUUUAUGGUUGACUGUUUUGAUGCUGACUGUUUUCUUGCUGACUGUUUUCUUGCUGACUGUUUUCUUGCUGACUGUUUAUGGUUGACUGUUUUCUUGCUGACUGUUUAUGGUUGACUGUUUUGAUGUUGACUGUUUUCUUGCUGACUGUUUUCUUGUUGACUGUUUAUGGUUGACUGUUUUGAUGUUGACUGUUUUCUUGUUGACUGUUUUCUUGCUGACUGUUUUCUUGCUGACUGUUUUCUUGUUGACUGUUUAUGGUUGACUGUUUUGAUGUUGACUGUUUUCUUGUUGACUGUUUUCUUGCUGACUGUUUUCUUGUUGACUGUUUUCUUGUUGACUGUUUAUGGUUGACUGUUUUGAUGUUGACUGUUUUCUUGUUGACUGUUUUCUUGUUGACUGUUUUCUUGCUAACUGUUUUCUUGUUGACUGUUUUGGUGUUGACUGUUUAUGGUUGACUGUUUUGAUGUUGACUGUUUUCUUGCUGACUGUUUUCUUGUUGACUGUUUUCUUGCUGACUGUUUUCUUGUUGACUGUUUUGGUGUUGACUGUUUAUGGUUGACUGUUUUGAUGUUGACUGUUUUCUUGCUGACUGUUUUCUUGUUGACUGUUUUCUUGUUGACUGUUUUCUUGCUAACUGUUUUCUUGUUGACUGUUUUGGUGUUGACUGUUUAUGGUUGACUGUUUUGAUGUUGACUGUUUUGAUGUUGACUGUUUUCUUGUUGACUGUUUUCUUGCUGACUGUUUUCUUGUUGACUGUUUUGGUGUUGACUGUUUUCUUGUUGACUGUUUUCUUGCUGACUGUUUUCUUGCUGACUGUUUUCUUGUUGACUGUUUUGGUGUUGACUGUUUAUGGUUGACUGUUUUGAUGUUGACUGUUUUCUUGCUGACUGUUUUCUUGCUGACUGUUUUCUUGCUGACUGUUUUCUUGUUGACUGUUUUGGUGUUGACUGUUUAUGGUUGACUGUUUUGGUGUUGACUGUUUUUUUGUUGACUGAUUAUAGUUGACGUUUUCUUGUUGACUGUUUUCUUGCUGAUUGUUUAUGUUUGAGUGUUUUCUCGCUUGUGUCGGCAGUCGUGGCCAAAGGAGGAUUCAGACAAUUUUCCGAACUUUCUGGUUGGUUUCUACUGUCCGAUAUUGUAGCACGCUAACUUUGUUUGGGCUCCUGAACGACACGGGGGAGCAGCGUCUGCCUCACAACCAAUCAGGUUAGAGGAGGUGGAGAACGGCUUUGUUUACAGUCAGAAAGAGCGGACCGCUCAAAAAUGUUCAAAUGUUGACGACACAGACAUAAGAGAACACAGAGAUAUCGAUAUAUUACCAAAUGUCAUCAAUAACUAAGAACUAUUGACUGAUAUUAGAAGAUUUUUUGUAAAUAAACAACAAAAAAAGAUGCUUCCUGCCUUCACCACCUUUAAUAUCGACAGAUCAUGUGAGAAACUGGCGACCAAAUCCUGGUAACUAACUCUGAACAAACAUGGAGUCACUUCACCUGCUCCAAACAGAUGCGUGAAAACCUCGAUAACACGGCGAGGGUCUCUGUUUAUCUGGUCCGGAUGACUCUGAUUGGUUCAUUUCUGUGUUUGUGUGACAGGAACGGUGCGGUCAGGUCUGUGGUCGACUUCAUGACCACAGAUCCUCUUUUUGGCGGCCAUGAUUAGAUUCAGACUCUGGUCUAACAUCCUGCUCAGUAUGUAUCUGGGUCACAACUCUCAGAAUGAUCGCAGGGACCCAGGGUGGGCGCCACAGCGAUAGUUGCCAGGUUGCUGUUGGCAAACAUGUUGAGAAACUGGCGGCCCGGUCUUGGCUCGGGGUUUCUGUCUCUGGCAACCACCAAAAAAAAAAAGAGUUUCCCAUCAGAGGAGCUGAAAUGAGAGGAACCCUGCAGCCUGUAAGACACAAAACUGAUGCUAUUAAUAUUGAUGCUAUUAUUGAUUCUGCUCAUCGAUUCAGUUCUUGAAGGAUUCCCUUAUCAAUGUCGUUCUUUGAUUAAUAAAAGUAGACUGUAGGUUUUCACCGUUAACUCAGAAUUAUAUUGAGAUGUUUCCGCCGUCAGUGAGAGUCUCAGAAUAAUCAAAACUAUUUAUACAGCGUUUACUUCGGUCGGUAUAAAGUCAAAUCAGGGUGACCAUAUUCUGGGUUGGGUUGGGUGUUUUUUUUUUACGUGUUUCUAACCCAGUUAGUCCACGUUACACAAACUCAAAACUUCCAAACUAAACCGCAGACAUUUGAAGGAUUUUAUAAACUCCCCCGGACGAGGCUGGACAACCCCCAAAAAGAGGACAUGUCAGAGUAAAAGAGGACGUUGUUAAGAUGAAUUGUGCCGAUGUUAACGCAGGAUGUAAGUACCUUCCACGCCGUUCUGAGACGGAGCAGCAGCGACUGACGACCGGCCUUAGAUUUGAUGCCGUGGUCGCUGGUGUUUCCACAUUUGCGUGUUAUCGCUGAUCGACAAACGUGACACGCCGCGCUGUAAAAUGAAGCCACGCUUUAGAUCGUUUCUGCUGACUUUUCGUA